ACUCGGCAGCGCCGCACCGUACACCACUAAGUCGACCACCCCGCAACGAACCGAAACCUGAAACCUCCGAUGACCACCUCGACCUACCCUCGCCCACAAGGCGACCUUCCCCUCCCGCUCACUUUCCUACCAGCACCCACUCGUCGAGCUCUGAUCGUCGGCGUCAACAAGCUCGCGGCCGCCAGAGCAUUCACCUUUUUGGAUUCGAGCUUCGGGGUCGUCCUGCUCGGUGACAGGCGGGAGGCUUGCGACGAGUUGGUGUGGAGGGAGGAACAUGGCGAGGUCGAGUUUCAUACCGAUGACGACGACGAGGCGACGAGUCGAUGGUCUGAAGAGACCGACGUCGAAGCUUGGACGCGGUUGAUCUCCUCCAUAGAUUCCGUCGACAUGGUCGUCGUAGCCGAUACCAUCUUCACCCCGACCUCUUCGUCGCCCCGCCCGCUCCUCUCGGCCCGAUCCAUCUUUCACGCCUGUACCCAGCUACACCUUCCCAUCAACACCACCGACUAUCCGGCGUGGAGCACGUUCACUUUUCCCUCGGUGGCCAAGUUUCCGGGGAAAGAACCAGGGACGAAGAGCAACCUCCAGAUCGCCGUCAGUACCAAUGGGAAAGGGUGCAGGUUGGCAGGGCGGAUCAGGAGGGAGGUCGUGGGGAGGUUACCCAAGGAUGUCGGGGCGGCCGUGGACAACGUGGGGAUCUUGAGAGCGAGGGUCAGGGCGAGAUCCCCGGGGUUGGGAUCGACCAGGUCGGGCUCUUGUACCCGCGCAAGGCGACAAGACGCAGCCGCGGCACAAGCUCACAGACCUGUGAACGGCAGGACAGACUCGGGUUUCCUGGGGGACGACGACGACGUCUCGCUCUUCUCUGGAUCUGGGCCUUUGAACUCGCCGGUACCACAGCUGGAUAGCCCAGCUUUGUCGAGGACGUCAUCGACCAGGAGCUUGUUCCACCCUCAGGUUCAGCUCGUCACCCAGAUGCAUCAACACCAUCACCAGCAACAACAAAAACAAACAGCCGAUUCGUAUCCCUUCCCUAGCAUACUCACCCCCCUCCCCAUCUCACCCGCCAUCACGGCCAAGACGGCCCCUUCAACAGCUUCCACGACGCAGAUGGAUGAAGAGGACCAUCAAUUGCGACGCAUGAGAUGGGUCAGCCAGAUCUCUGAAUAUUGGAGCAUCGAGUAUCUAGCGAGGAUGGGGGAGGAGGAGAUGGAGAGGUGUCUAGCAAUGUGGACCGAGGGUGGAGAGGCGGAUCGAGUGGAUGUUGGCGAGAUGGGACAAGAGAGGACCGGUUCCGGGGCUGGGACUAUCAACGGUAGCUCGGAUACCUCCCGAGGGAGGACCUCGGGAACCGGCCCCGGCGCUGCUGGGGAUGACAUGACACCGACCGGCGAGACCGGUCUGCAAUUGACUCCUCGUCACGGACUCGCUCUGGACGCUGCCCCGCGCCCGCCCCCACCUAGACGGGGCAAGAUUCUCCUCCUCGGCUCGGGUCCCGGCCAUCCUUCCCUGCUCACCGUCGCCGCUCACCAGGCGCUCUUGACUGCGACCCUCAUCCUCAGUGACAAGCUCGUUCCCGCCGAGAUCCUCGCAUUGAUCCCCAAGACGACGACGUUGCAUAUCGCCAAGAAAUUCCCUGGCAACGCCGAGGGGGCGCAAAACGAGAUGAUGCAGCUCGCGCUCGAGGGGGCGUUGAAGGGAGAGACGGUGGUCAGGCUGAAACAGGGAGAUCCGUUCGUCUACGGCCGAGGAGGGGAAGAGGUCUUGUUCUUUAGGGAGCACGGCUUCGAAUCCGUCGUCGUUCCAGGAAUCUCGUCUUCGAUCGCCGGACCGCUGAUGAUGGGCAUCCCCGUCACUCAGCGUGGGGUGGCUGAUAGUAUGGUCCUCUGUACCGGUGUGGGAAGGAAGGGCAAGGCGGUUCAGCUGCCAGGGUACGUGAGGGGACGGACGUUGAUCGUCCUCAUGGGCGUGGCAAGGAUCCACCAGGUCUUGCAAGUCUUGACGAACACCAACCUGAACGACGACCCCGUCGCCAGAGAGACCACGGGAUGGAGGGACGGGGACGCCUUCCCGCCUCACUUGCCGAUCGCCAUCAUCGAACGCGCUUCGAGUCACGAUCAGAGGAUGGUAGCCUCGACCUUGGACAAGAUCGAGGACGCGCUGGAACGAUCAGGAGAGCAACGACCGCCGGGGAUGAUGAUCAUCGGAUGGGCCGCGCUUGCUCUUGAGGGAGACGGGGAGGUCACUGUUCUGGACGAUGACGAGGACACGCCUGAUCUUGAAGCCCGGGACAAGGCGAGGGUCGAAAGGUGGUUAGGCGGGCAGGACUAUAUCCUGAAGGAUGGACUAAGGGAGGAGUGGGCGCAGUUCUUGCCUCCUGGGGCCGUCACCGAGGUCGAGUGAAGAGGAGUUGCAGGACAAUCCAGACAAAACAAGCUCGGAAGAUCACAAGUUGUAAUAGAUGUCACGCGCAUUGUUCGGUAUCGUUAUUUAUUCACAUCCCUGA